CGUUUGAAGUGUACGAUUUUGCUCGCUAUCUGUGAUCAGCGUACCAAUUGUAACAUGACGAUCGCUUUUGUUUUGUUUUUGCACAAUAUGUUAAGUUGGAAAUAAACAAGUAUUGGGUGUAUUGGAUGUAUUUAGUGUUAUUCCCACAUGAGUGUGCUUCCCAAGAAGCCUGUCGGCAUUUGUACAUUACUUCAUCUUGCACUGACCAACCAAAACGCCCACUUCUUAUCGACAAAAGGCUACUGUGUUAACUUAUCAAAAAACUACAGAUAUUUAUAUACACAUAUAUACAACGUCACGCGCUCAGCAAACCAAAUAUCGUGAAGUGGUAUGCAAAAAACCAUGUCCAAUUUGACCACAUUGUCAGCAGCUCAAGAACGAACUCGGGAAUGGCUCGCCUCACAAGAGGAUGAACUUGAAUCCUUAGCUGAGUCAUCGGUGGUGGAUAGCUUGGACGAUUACAAAUACAGUGAGCACACGUUUACUGAACAGGAGGACAACGAUGAUGAUGAUGAUGACGACGACGUCACUGGCGAAGAAGUCAGCACCAUCGCGCUAGGCACACGAGAAGGCACUAGCAAAGGUGGCAUCAUAGGCGACACGCUGCGCGACCUACUUAACUCGAUCAAUAGCAUUCAAACAGUGGGAAAUGUCAACAUUAGCAACUCCACCAACGUUCACAUCGGCAACGUAACCAAUAUCAAUGGCAACAUACAGAUCAUCGCCGAGAAUAUGAAACAUUCUCGCACCACACGCAAGAAACGUCGCAAGGCUUCGAUCAUCGAGGUGCCCGUGGCAAACGAACAAGAAAAUGCAGAAGGAGAGGAACUGGACGAGUCUGAAGAACGCGUCAAUGCAGAUGUGUUCAUUAAUAGCCAAAAGUUCAAAAUACCCCAAGAGCUGUGCUACAUUUUGCCGCGGCACUCCUGGCUAGCCCAAAUGCCCAUGGAACCGCCCGUCCAGCUGCAACGACCAGUCAAAUACGUUGUUAUAUUACACACUGCCACCGAGAGCUCCGAGAAGCGUGCGAUUAAUGUGCGCUUAAUACGCGACAUACAGUGUUUUCACAUUGAAAGUCGGGGCUGGAAUGACAUAGCGUACAAUUUUCUUAUUGGCUGCGAUGGCAACAUAUACGAGGGACGCGGAUGGGAAACUGUGGGCGCGCACACAUUGGGCUAUAACAAGGUGGCUCUGGGCAUCAGUUUCAUUGGCUGUUUCAUGCGCGAGCUCCCCACGCCGCAUGCGUUGACCAUGUGCCGCAAUCUGUUGGCACGCGGCGUCGAGGAUGGUCACAUAGCCAAAGACUACCGUUUGAUCUGUCACUGCCAAUGCAACUCAACGGAGAGUCCAGGUCGUCGACUCUUCGAGGAGAUACAGACCUGGCCUCAUUUCUACAAUCUUGCCCAGGAUGCUCAAUAGUGACGUAUUACAUGACUUAAUUCGAAAUCUAAAUUCGAUAUCCUUAUACAAUUUCGGUGAUUGUCUUGGACAAAUAUUUUUAAGUAUUUAAACUGUUUGUUCGUCUCGUGUUUUUCCUGUUUUGUUACUUUCUUUGU